AUUUUACACUUACCCUCCCCUGUGAAAUUUUACCCGGAGGCGUAGCUGGGGGUGUGGCUUAUUGUUCGAUUUGUGGCGCUUGAAAAACCUGAUUUUCUCAGUGAAAAUACAYAUCAUCACACGAAGCGCGAAAGCAGGAGAUCAACUAACUAUAAGGUCUAUAACAUCAGUUAAAUAUUAUUCAAUCACAAGAAAUAUCAUGAAGAUCAAUGUGAAAAUCGAAGAGGAAUGGUUUGUCAUUCCGUGUGGUUCGGAUAAGAAGGAGGUAGGAUGGCUCAAAGAAGAAACCGUUAAGCGUUUUAAUAAGUAUUCUGCCUCUCGCUCGACUGCACCGGWGGUAUUCUACUCCAAUGAAUGUGAAUUAAGACUUGCCGAAGCUAAUGGAAUACUAGAUGAUGACGAUUAUUUGCAAGAUGUGCUAAACGAUAAGGAUUUUGUUGUGGUUAAGAAAAAAGAAACUUUUGAUCGAAAAUGCUUGAAGAGGAAAAACCCUAUCUCAGUCAAGCCUAAUAAAAGAAUUCAAGAYGAUAAGGAGUCAUCGGUGAAGUAUAUUGCUUUAGAUGGUUGUUCAUUGACAACUGAUGACCUGGUCAAGCUUGGAACAGGAAAAUAUGUCAUUAAGCUAACAGAURAAUCCAAAGCCAUGGUCAACAAAGGAAGACAACUAUUGGAAGACAUUGUCAAACAAAAUCAARCUGCCUAUGGAGUCAAUACUGGCUUUGGGAAAUUUGCAAACGUUAUCAUAGCGAAAGAUAAUCUAACUGAACUGCAAGAGAAUUUGAUACGCUCCCACGCCAUAGGUACUGGUGAUACACUUACUGUAAACAGAACACGAAUGUUGCUUGCUCUGAGAAUAAAUGUACUCGCGAAAGGGUACAGUGGGAUCUCGGAGAGCACUCUUGAACAAUAUAUUACAGCAUUUAACAAUUCGUUGUUACCCAUGGUUCCUGAACAGGGUACUGUAGGUGCAAGUGGAGACUUGGCACCACUCGCUCACUUGGCAWUGGGUAUUGCUUUGGGAGAAGGGAAGAUGUGGAGUCCAAGAAGUGGAUGGGCAGAGGCAAGCCUGGUUCUUGAAGCUCACGGCAUGAAAMCAUUAAUUCUGAAGCCAAAAGAGGGUCUUGCUCUAAUCAAUGGUACCCAGCUCAUAACAGCUCUGGGAGCAGAAGCACUGGAACGAGCCCAUGCAAUCGCAAAGCAAGCUGACAUUAUUGCGGCAUUAUCACUGGAAGUUCUCAAGGGAAGUACCAAUGCUUUUGACAUUGAUAUUCAGCAAGUUCGCCCUCACAAAGGUCAGGGAAUAGUUGCAGAGAGAUUGCGCUCGGUGUUGCACUCUGAAUUGCAUCCUUCAGAGAUUGCAGAAAGCCAUCGCUUUUGUAAGCGCGUACAGGAUGCAUAUACUCUCCGCUGUUGUCCUCAGGUUCAUGGUAUAGUGAACGACACAAUCAAUUUUGUACGAGGAAUUCUUACCACAGAGAUGAACAGCGCUACUGAUAACCCUAUCAUACUUGCAGAUCGAGGUGCUAUAAUGUCUUGUGGAAAUUUCCAUGGAGAAUAUCCUGCCAAGGCACUAGACUACCUGGCCAUUGGUGUACAUGAACUUGCAAGCAUGAGCGAGAAACGAAUUGAAAGACUAAUGAACCCUGCGUACAGUGAACUUCCUGCUUUUCUCAGCAAAGACGGCGGCCUUAACUCAGGUCUUAUGAUGAUGCAUUGUWCUGCAGCUUCUCUUGUAUCAGAAAACAAGGUUCUUUGCCAYCCUUCAUCUGUGGAUUCGCUCAGCACCUCCGCUGGCCAAGAGGAUCAUGUAUCUAUGGGAGGCUUCUCAGCUAGAAAGGCUCUGAAAGUUGUUGAGCACGUUGAGAAAGUGUUGGCCAUUGAGCUGCUUUCUGCUUGUCAAGGAAUAGAAUUCCUAAGACCCUUGAAGACGACCCAGCCAUUGGAGUCAGUCUACGCACUGGUCCGCUCAGUUUCAAAACCACUAGAUAAGGAUCGAUACAUGGUGCCUGAUAUGAAAGCCGUGACAGAUCUUCUUCUGGAAGGAAAGGUGUGGCAAGCUGCCUUUCCAUUCUACAAGAGUUACCAGCAUCAAUCCUCUAUGGAUCACCUURAGGACCACAUAUUCCAGUCACCAUCGACAAGUACUAUGUCUUCYGAUGAUAACACAGUCAAUAAGAAACGAAAAACUGAUAGUGUUGCUGUUACCUAGACAAGUGAUUGGAGGGGCCCUGUGGCAAUCUCUAUGGUAACUGCUGUUUAGAUCCGAGGUUAAAUGCCUCAAUAAGAUAACAAUUUAUUCCUAGUGUGCAACUCCUGGAAUUUGAAUUCUAUUUUCUUCAGGAGACUUGAAAAACAAUUUAAAAAAAGAAUAGUUUUACAAAAGUCCUUGGUUAUUACUUACUUUCUAUAAUAACUAAAGUUUUGAAUGUAUGUAGUUGUGUCUUGGAAGUCUAAAGGAAAAAGACAAAAUAUCACUGAUUUGUGGAAAUUAGUCAUAUUUUAUUUUACUCCUCAGAUACUCCUUAUAAAACCCUAGAAUUGCCCAUUUACACAUUUAGUAUUUAUGUAUAAAUGAUAUUAAUGUAUAGUAUUGGUUAUUUUUUAUUUAAGUAUCAAGCCUUAGGUAAGKUUUGUUACACAUUUUAUUUAAAAGGAAUUAAUUUUUUGUUAAAAUUUAAGAUUAUUAUUAAGAGACAGUUAAAUAAUGUGUGUAGGUAAUAAUUAAAAAUGCACRUUAAAGUUAAAGUUAAAAUACGAACGCUAGUGUCUGGCAAUUAUUUAUAGCUCAAUUCUCAUUUAUCUAGUAUUUCAGUUUCCCAUAUUCUCAUUUCUCAUUUAGGCUAUCUGUUGGUUAAUUCUUCGCUAAUGGSACUGUAGGGAUAAAUAAACAGCUCCCUAGAAUAAUUUUUUUUGUUUGAGUUGUAACCAUAAUCAUGUGCUUUGUCAUGAGCAACCAUUAAACAAAGAAAUGAUACUCAAG